UCUGUGACUGACACAAGCACCAUGGCUGUGUUGGACGCGACCGGCGUGCUGGCGGCCGUGCUGGCCGCGCUGCUGGUAGUGGGCCCGAAAAAAUGCAAGGUUUGCUAUGAUAUCGUGCACUAACGGGCCCACUAUGGGGGCCUUGUGGUGGUCGCGGCGACGGCAAAGCUACUGGAGCGAGCGCGGCGUGCCCACGCCGCCCAGCCUGCCCUUCGUGGGGAGCAUCUGGCCCGUCAUGACCGGCAGGAAGAGCUUCGCGCAGCACCUGUACGACAUCGCGGACCAUUUCCGCGAGCACGGGUACUGCGGUAUGUACUCCGGGGUCCAGCGCACGCUGCUCGUCUUCGACCCGGAGAUGGCCAAGCAGAUCCUCUGCAAGGACUUUGGCAGCUUCCACGACCGCGGCUUCCCGACCUCGGACAGCGACCCCCUGAGCCAGCACCUCAUCAGUCUGAGUGGUUCCAAGUGGCGAAACUUGCGCAACCGCCUGUCUCCGACUUUCACGUCCGGCAAGCUCAAGCUCAUGUUCCCCCUGAUGCGCGACGUGGGCGACCAGCUCAACGCCACGAUGGCGAAGGAGGCCCACAAGGCCGGCGGGGAGGUGGUGCACUCAAAAGAGGCCCAGAAGGCUGACGGGGAGGUAGACCUCUCCGCGCUGCUGCACCGCUACACCGUCGACAUGAUCGGCUCCAUCGCCUUCGGCAUCAACUGCAACUGCCUGGUGGACGAGAACGCCGAGUUCCUCGCCAUGUCUCGCGGCGUGUUCACCACCACGCCCGCGCAGUUCCUCCGCUUCAUGCUCAUGGCCAUCCACCCCAAGCUGGGUAGCCUGCUGCCCUUCAAGCUCGUCUUCAGCAAGGUGCACCGCUUCUUCCUGGACCUGAUGCGCAGCACCGUGGAGCACCGCGAGAAGCACGAGGUGGUGCGCAACGACUUCGUGGACAUCAUGAUGCAGGCGCGCGACAAGGACCAUGGCGACCCGGACAACAACAUCGCGCUCACGACGGAGGUGAUGGCCGCGCAGGGCUUCAUCUUCUUUGUGGCGGGCCUGGACAACGUGUCCAACACGGUGGCCUACGUCGUCCACCGCAUGGCGCAGGACCCGGCGCUGCAGCAGCGCGUGGCGGACGAGGUGCUGGCCGUCAUCAACAAGCACGCCGGCGAGGUGACGUACGAGGGCCUCAAGGAGAUGGACCUGGUGGACCGCGUGCUGCAGGAGGGCUUGCGUCUUUGGUCGCCCGGCGGCCUCGCCAUGCGCAAGUGCAACAAGACGACCAUGGUGGGCGACGUGCUCGUGGAGAAGGACACCAACGUCAUGAUCGUGUCCCACUGCAUGCACAAGAACCCCGCCAUCUUCCCGGACCCCGAGCGCUUCGACCCGGAGCGACACACUGCCGAGGCCAGGCAGCAGCGCCACCCGUACGCCUUCAUCCCCUUCGGCGAGGGCCCGCGCGUCUGCCUCGCCGAGCGGUUCGCGCUGCUCGAGAUGAAGCUCGCCCUCGUCAUGCUGGUGCGCGACUUCGAGUUCGCGCGCGGCCCCAGGUUCGAGGCCAGCCCCGCCGUCGACACCAAGGCCUUCUUCCCGAGGCCCGUCAACGGCUUCCUGGUGCGCGUGCAGAACAGAGGGUGACGACGGUCACCAUGUCCAACGAAUGCACUGCUAGAAAUAACCACAACAAAAGUACACAAAUUUCUGGCAAAUUUUUUAUCAGGUAUUUAUUGUACUUCUGAAGUACAACAAUUGUUGUACAAAGUACAAUGGAAUCGGCAUGACGAGUGCUGUGCAGU